AUGACAACUCUAGACAUCGUUAUGAUACAUGUGACAAGCCUCUACCUCACCGUUAUGCUUAUCUACUUGAAUAAUUUAAUAUUCCUUUUGCUACAUAGGAAGAAACUGUCGUUACCAUUGAGUGUAGCUCUAGAAGUCGAUGUUACGCAGGCUACAUCAGCAACGUCUGCAAGAAGGAAUACACCAAGCUGGCUGAAAAAUGCACCAAUGAGUGUCACUCCAAUACCGAGUAAUACGACACAGAAGGGUGAAGAGCCAAAUUCGAAAGACUCAUCUGCGGAGGAGAAAAAAUCUAAGCGAAUAAAAGCGAAGACCUUAGAAAUUACCCAGGAACAACCGAAAGAGAGCGAAACAAAACCAAAUACAAAUUUGCAUGAUAAUUUCAAUGAUUUUUUGCCGCUUGCAAAGACAGCAUCUAAAACCAUGGAAGCAAUGGAGGAUGUUACGCCAAUUAAUACACCACGAACAAAGAAUUCGGACCACGUUUUUAACUCCAAGAAACAAGACGAAUGGUCAAGACUAUUACCUAGCCCACAAAAGAAAUUGCCUCGAGCGCCAAAAGGGAAUCAUGAUGAAGAACUCGAAGAGAUGCGCGGUUCCGAACCAUCGAUCGAUCGUGCAGCAAAACCUCUUACCGACUGCGCUACACUCUCUCCAGAUGAUUGUGCUAGAAGAGAGAGAAAGAGGGGAGAGAGAGAGAGAGAGAGAGAGAGAGUGAGACAGAGCGAAAGAGAGGCGGACGAAGGAACAGUUCAUCAACGAAAUGACGGUUGUGACAUUACCCCCAGCGAAAUCGAAAAGAAAAUGAACCAAGUAGAAGUCGUUUUCUAUGGAUGCAACACAUACGAUAUGAAGUCCCUGCUAUUCGAGGGCUUGACUAAUAAGUUAUGUGAAUAA